AUGGGAUGGUGUUUGACCUUUGCCACCUUUCUCUUGCUGACAGGGCAGAGCUGUUUUUCUGCCGUGCAACGAGCUGAUCUUCAGAAGCUCUCCAGGGGCAUCGAUCACCGCAGCCGAAUCUGCGGCUGGAGCGACGGCACCGCAGAUCUCACACUGCUGCAUUGGUGCAGUGCCAGGACGGAGCACGGCCUCGUCCUCAACUGGUCCUCGCCCAUCUGCGUGGAGCAAUGUCCACAGCGUGGCACCAGCGUCUUCUGCCCGGAAGGGCUGGAGGUGACAGAGGAAGAACUGCGGGAAGGUGGCCGCAGGUUGCUGGUGAGAACUGAGAAGCAAAUGCUCGCGCCUCUCAAGGUGAAUCUGGACACAAAGCCGUGGAUGGAGCGCUACUGCGUGCCCGCAGCUGACCAACCCUUUGAGAUUUGGAGACGUUGGACAACAUCAGGAGCUGUUGCCCAAGCUCUCGUAGUCCUGGAGCAGUUGUUGUCCCUGGCGUCGAUGCCGCGGCUGCUGCUGCUGGCGACGCUGUGGACCUUGGCGCUGAGCGUGGCGUAUCUGCGGUGCUUGCGGCAGUUUGCCCUGUUCUUCGUCCACGCAGCCAUGCUGACAACGGUCAUCCUCUGUCUGGCGGGUGGCCUGGGAUUUCUGGCGGUUUCCAAACCGGCGCUGCUGGCAGGCUACCCUGCGGCCUUGGAGAGCGUGCACGCUCUUGGUGCUUGGAUCCCUGCUGCUGUGGCUACCGGCAUAUCUGCGCUGUUCUUCGUGGCUGCUGUUUGCCUGAUAGGCUGCCUCUGCGCUCGGCGACGCUUGGACGUGGCUUCGGAUUGCAUCCGCGAGUCUUGUGCAGUGAUGUUGGCCAUGCCAUCACUGCUGCUGCUCCCCGUCCUCGACAGCCUGUGUUACCUGCUACUCUCGGCUGCCCUGCUGGUGUCCCUGCCACUGAUGCUGUCCACCACGGAGGUGUCCUCGGUAACGGUGUUGGGCAUCACAGGCGUUUUCCGACAGUUUCACUUGAGUGUGGCGGAUUAUGGGCGUCUGACCGCGCUGGUCUUCUCCUGUUUCUGGGUGCAGGAGGUCAUCGGUGCCGCUUGCACCCUGGCCACGGCCUACUCGGUGGCACUGUGGUACUUCGCGCCCGGCACUUGCGGCCGAGCCAAGGCCAAACACCUGCCAUGGGCGCCGGCUCUGCAAGGCCUGGUGGUUGCCUUCCUCUGGCACCUGGGCUCGCUGGCCAAAGGCGCCAGCGCCCUGGCGCUGCUGCGGCUGCUGCGCUGGCUGCUGUACCUGGCGCACGCCGCGGCGGCCGAGGAUGAUGCACAAGAUGCAAAGCGAAAGCGGCGGCGGUGUUGCCAAUGCUUCGCUGUCUUUUGCGAUGCGCUGCUCGCGACUCUGCAAGCCUGGACAGAAUUCCUCAGUGCCCACGCAUAUGUGGACAUCGCUUUGAGCUCCCAAUCCUUUUCAGCUGCAGCCAGGGAGGCCUCCGAAAUCCUUGGGAGCCACAUGGCCUUGGUCUCCAUCCUUUCGCUGGUGUCGUGGUUCCUGCGACUGGUUGGAAGUUCCAUUCUGGCCGUCAUCGCUGGGUCAACUGCAUGGUUUGUGGCAGCAAGGCGUGAGUGGCUGAUGCCCGCGGCCAUGGAGAUUCAUCGACAGUUGGAGGUGUCUGGAUUUCCGACUCUACAGGAACAGCUGAUGCUGCUUCUGACGGAGCUGCAGGCCGUAAGCCCCGAAGUCCUGGGACUGUUGACAGCCGGACUGAUGCUCCUGGUGAAUCAAGCCGUCCUGGUCACUGUGGAAUGUACUGCUUGCACGGUUCUCUACUGCUUGCUUUGGGAUGGUUCAGAUGGUGUUCUGGAUGCGAGCCAUGUGCCCGAGUCCUUUUGGCGUUUCGCAAAAGAUCAAGGAAUCGUUGGCCGUCGCGCAGGGAAGGCCUUACAACAGAAGCCAUCACCUUAA